UGUAAAGGGUACUGUUGUGAAUUGGUCAUUUAUCCAGGAUGACGAAGUAUAAACAGAAGGAGUAUGAAGCCCUAAUAUUGGAUGAAAGACCAAUCAUUACAGACGUGAAGGUUGGUACGGUAUGUCGGGACCAGACGAAUCCUCCAGAUAUGUUGACCGACAGGGAGCUCUUAGAGGUGACAGCAGUGUUCAGAUCGUUCGAAACUGGCCUCAGAGAAGCGACAAUUUAUCCGAAGGAUUUACACAAGGCGAUGAAAAUGCUUGGAUUGAAUCCUAUGGAACAAGAAGUGGUGGAUAUUCCAAAUGAAAUAGCAAGAAAUGGUUUAAUAUAUUUUCCGGAUUUCUGUGAGGUGAUAUUAAAACGGUACAGACAGGACGAUAAAGCAGAAGAGAGUUUUAGACAAAAUAUGUUUAAGAUGUUAUGUGGGACCGAGCCAUUCCCGACAGAUUUUAAAGCAAAGAAAUAUAAAUUAGACAAGCAUUUUCUUUCAAAGGAUGAUUUCCGUCACAUGAUGAGGAAUCUGCCUGUACCAGUAGAGGAGGAGGAUAUUGAGGAGAUGUUUACCUACGCUGACCGGGACAAUGAUGGCAAGCUCUCAUAUAAGGAGUUUCAGGUUAUGGUGAAUCCACCAGCUCCCCCAGAAAUACCACGUCCAACUAUUGAUGAUUUUAAUGAGAUGAGGGCCAGAUCUACCCUUUCUCUAAACCAGGAUACAUCGAGUAUGCCUGAAAGGUUUGCCUCAACUGAAAGAUUACAACACUCCUCUUCUCCUGAAAUCUACGGAACAAUGUCCAGCAGGUUCAGAUCAGCUGCUCCAGGUACUUGUUCACCUGGCUCAACCAGAUCCAAAAUAUCAACAGUAGUCAACCAGACUAAUAUAUCCAGGCUUCCUGGGACUACAAGAGUUUAAAAGAUUUAAAUAUCAACAGUAGUCAACCAGACUAAUAUAUCCAGGCUUCCUGGGACUAUAAGAGUUUGAAAGAUCAAAAAAAUCACCAAGUCAACCAGACUAAUAUAUCCAGGCUUCCUGGGACUACAAGAGUUUAAAAGAUCGAAAAUAUCAACUGAGCUGGGAACUUUAGAAUGAUGGAUAUCGGGAUUAAUGCUUGAUCCACUCUUUUUCUUAAUCUCCUGAUUAAA